UUGUGUGCCUUCAUUACAUACCAAUUUAUUUCCCCUCACAGAUAGUGAAAAAUGCCUAAAAAGAAGACUGGUGCUCGUAAGAAAGCCGAGAACCGUCGUGAACGUGAAAAGCAGAUACGGGCUUCAAGGGCCAACAUAGAUUUAGCCAAACAUCCUUGCAAUGCUUCAAUGGAAUGCGAUAAGUGCCAAAGGCGACAGAAGAAUAGAGCUUUUUGCUACUUCUGUAACUCUGUUCAAAAAUUACCCAUUUGUGCGCAAUGUGGAAAAACCAAAUGCAUGAUGAAGUCUUCAGACUGUGUUAUAAAACAUGCUGGUGUGUACAGUACUGGACUAGCAAUGGUGGGUGCAAUCUGUGAUUUCUGUGAAGCUUGGGUGUGUCAUGGGAGGAAGUGUCUCAGCACACAUGCGUGUACCUGCCCUCUCGCAGAUGCGGAAUGUAUUGAGUGCGAAAGAAGCGUGUGGGACCACGGAGGCAGAAUAUUUGCCUGCUCAUUUUGCCACAAUUUCCUCUGUGAAGAUGAUCAGUUUGAACAUCAAGCCAGCUGCCAAGUUUUGGAAGCAGAGACAUUUAAAUGUGUUUCCUGUAACAGGCUUGGGCAGCAUUCAUGCCUGCGUUGUAAGGCUUGUUUUUGUGACGAUCAUGUGCGAAGUAAGGUUUUCAAGCAGGAAAAAGGAAAAGAGCCUCCCUGCCCUAAAUGUGGCCAUGAAACUCAGCAGACAAAGGAUCUGAGCAUGUCAACACGCUCUUUGAAGUUUGGCCGACAGGUUGGAGGUGAAGAAGCAGAUGGAGCUUCUGGUUAUGAUGCCUACUGGAAGAGCCUCUCCUCCAGCAAGGCUGGAGAUGCAGGUGAUCGUGACGAUGAAUAUGAUGAAUAUGAAGCAGAAGAUGAUGAUGAAGAUGACAAUGAUGAGGGUGGGAAGGACUCUGAUACCGAGACCACGGAUGUAUUCAGCAAUCUGAAUUUAGGAAGGACCUAUGCUAGUGGAUAUGCACAUUACGAGGAAGCAGAAAAUUAAGUUUAGUAUUUUGGCAAUUUAUAAACACUUGGAAGUAGCUUCACUCGAGUUGUUUACAUGCCAGUAAGAUAGCUCAGUCAAGUAGUUACAUAUCAAAGUUGGAGAGUAAAGUGGAAGUUCUGCAGUAAGUCCAAGUGAAGGUGUGGGUUGUUCUUUUUAUAUAAACCAAUACUGGGUUUGGGUCUGAGGGAGAAAAAGAGAAUCUUUUUAUUCCCCUCAGGAACAGAACAGGUUUGUCCUUGAGUUACUGAAUAUAAUGGUUUCAUGCC